GCCUGGCUUAUAGCUGUAUACUGGACAACACUGCACCUGGACUCACUGUUGCUUUAUACUGGACUCCGUAACGGUUACUAAACUUGGAAAGAUGAAGUUGUUAGUUGCUUUUUGUUGCGUGUUGUGGCUGGCUGAUGCGUACCCGUAUCCGUUCCCGUACUAUUAUGGAGCUGAUAUGGAUACAUUAUCUUAUGGCUCAAGCGACAGUUCCCGCGGGGGCAUGGUGCUCAGUCGUUAUUACAACCCUUACUACAACCCCCGCGUCGCGGGGGGCGGCAUGGCAGCUUUCAUGUUCCGGCAGCCCGAGCAGAACCAGCCACCAUCCAGCCAGUACUACUACCCCGACAGGCGUCGACAAGUCCAGCAACCUGAUUUCUACCCCCCGCCCCAGCAGAAUGAAGUCUUCUUCCCCCAGUCGCCGGAGAAACCAAUAACUGAGGCGACAGAAAUCGCUGAUCCAACAGAAAAAACUGAACUAUUUUCCACCACGCCCAGAGUCACCAUCGUACCUGAAAUCUUAGAGCCUGAAGUGGAAGAUGAAGAGCCAGUACAGAAGCCAAAGAAUAGGGUGUCAAAGAAGAAACAAGCUAAAAGGCCGGUAGAUGAUGAAGAUGACGAAGAAUACCAGCCAAGGAUGCCGGCUUCGGCGUAUUUCCCCAUGUUCUUUGGGUGGGGAGGAAGAUCAGCUAACGGUGGUGGGCCAGGUGGCGCCACGGCCAUCGCGAACGCUUACAGCACCGGCCGCGGAGGAGUAGCCACCAGUCAUGCCACAGCCUAUGGCGUGCCACAACAACGGCCGGAACAUAAAUUACAGCCUUAAUUAAGUAUUAUUGUUAUUAUUAGUCAUAUCAUUUUGAAUCUAUGUCAGUUUGUGUAUUUGUAAGCCAAAGUCGCAAAAAACUUUGAAAAAUUUAAAAAGUUGUAAAGCGUAAAAUGAAACGAGCACGCUCAAUAGUAUAAGUACAUAUUUGUUAAACCAAUAAAUAACUGCCAAAUAUUCA